GAAUGCACAAUGAAAAUGAAUCUUACUUCACCAGCAAAAUAUCUCUACAACAUACAUGGAGAAAAAAUUGAAAAUAUCAUAAAUGAUACAGCUCAAGACAUCUUCCUUCCUUCCUUCCACUUUGGACACUUCGGACCAGGCUCACUUGGAGCUGCGUGGGGCGAUCCCGAGCGUAAGACUCCCCGGCUUCCUAUCUCUUUUCUUCCUUCACUCCCACCUGUCUAAAGGUCUCUAGCCUCUGUUUAUUUCGCUUUCUGACUCUUUUCUUGCUUUUUUGCAGCUUUUUCCCCGACUUUUCUCUCCUCUCUCUUCCCUCUCCCUCUGCUUCUGGUUUCUUUGUCUGUGACAUGCUUCUCGCAGCCUUCUCUUUUACCGUCUCUUUCCUUUUCUUUCUUUUUUUUCUGUCUGCUUGUUACGGGGAGUUACCUUUUCCAUCAGCCUGCCUUCCAGAGGUGCUCUUAAUUAACCCUCUAUCCCCCCCUCACCCCUUAGUUUUCCUUUUCUUUUUUUCUUUUUGCUGUUUUAACCCCCCCCUUCCCCUGCCGCUUUUUUUCCUCCCCACCCUCCUCCCCCUCUGUGGGGAGGUCUCUUCUAUCAUUUGCUGCUUGAGGGGUGCUUUUUUUCUUUUCCCCCCCUCUUAUUUUGUUCUAUCCACGCUUUUUUUUUUCACCCCCCAAAUCCCUCCCUCCCUUUCAGUGGCUUAUCUUCACUUUCUGUUUUGGCCGCAUUCCCGGGAGCUUGGCCUUGAGCUCCUGUGUUUAAGUUUUCUUUUUGUUCCUUUAGUUUUUUUGCUUUGCAGUUUAACCCUGUCCUAGUGAGGAUGGCUGCUCCUACACCUGGCAGUUGGCAUGAGGAUGUCUCUCGGGACCUCCCGCUGAUGCAUGGCCUGAGGGUUCAUGCCCCUCUCCAUGUGGGGCUUGAGGUUUGCAUGGAGGCUCUGGCUGCGCUCCUGGGAUGGCUUACCAUCCGCUAUGCGGGUCGUGUGAACACGGUCCCGAUGAUUUAUUUGAGCACGCCUGCCUUGGUUGACAGGGUGUGUGCUGAGGGCCUAGACAUUGCGGGCAUCCACUACCCUGUCAUGCCCCUAGAGACUCAGGCAGUGAGGGUGGUGAUCUCUAACAUCCCACCACAUGUUUCUGAUCGGGAGCUGGCCAGGGGACUCGAGGCCUAUGGAGUUCUUACGAGUCCUUUUCGCCGGCUGCCGAUGGGAAGCAAGGACCCUCAGCGGAAGCACGUCCUGUCUUUUCGGAGGCAGGUCUUUAUGCUCCUCAAGGAGGGCCCCCAGUCUCUACCUCGCUCCCUGAGCCUCACGCUCGAGGGUCGGAGGUAUAUUAUUUAUUUGUCUGUGGGAGAGAUUACGUGUUUUAAGUGCGGCGGCUCCUCCCACCUGGCUGCUCAGUGCCCUCAGGGCAAGGCGGCCGGACCAUCGCCACCUGCGGCAGCGCCGAGAGACGGCGUGUCGACUUCUGGGACACGCGACAGGGCCAGGGAGGCAGGGAGCUCUUCCUCCCAGCCUCCUUCCACCCCUACUCGAUCUCAAGGGACUGGAGGCUCUGGUGUGAAACCAUCGUCCAGUGGAGAGGCUGGUGCUACUACCCAGGCCCCGCCGCCGCCUCCCCCGUCUGUGGCACCCACUGCCCUCAGUGCGGGGGCCCCGCCGGCUGGGGGGGCAGGGCAGUCUGGCCCAUCCCCAGCACAGGGGCAGCUGCCCACUACCACCAAGAAGAAGAAGAAGGAGGACAAAGAGAGGAAGAUGAAGGGGGCCUCUCAGGAUGCCCUAUCCCUGUCAGGACCCUCCUCGGCCAGUGCCGAGGGACCCCCCACUAGAGAGCCUGGCCCCGCUCUGGCUGCCAUACCACCCACCCCGUUGGAUGUAGCCAUCGGCGGGGCAGACUUGGCGGAGUGGGAGGGGGCUUCAGGGGUCCCUCUCCCCUCGCCUGUCCCCCAGCCUCCGGAGUCGGGCGGCGGCGGGGAUGGUGGCGAAUGCCUCUCUUCUGGUGGCCUGGCCUCGGGGGUGGCGGGAGAGUCUGCCCCCCCCCCUUGGUCAUGCCCCAGCCUGGCGGAUCAGAUGGAGAAGUUGAUGAGAUGGAGGUCCAGCUCACUGAAUCUCGCAAGAGGCGUCGUGAGCGGGAUGGCCUCUCCCCCCCCAGGAAGACAGGGAAUGCCCUCGUGGAGCCGGUCCUUGACUCGGACGAUGAGAGGCGGCUGAUGUGUCUAGACAUUGAGGGUGUCGAUGCUGUGGUUGCGGACGAGCUCCCGCCGGGGGUGCGGCCUCGCCGCUCUUCCUUAGGCAACAUCCACCCCAAGCUGGCGGAGCCCCCCUGGGUCCCUCCAGACUAUGGGGGACUCCUGUCCUUCUUGAAGUUAACUAAGGGGCAGAGGAACGUAGCGGGACGCAUCACUCAGUGGUGCGCAGACCCCAAAGUGUUUGUUAAGGGUGCCAGGGCAGCUGCCAAGCUCAUGCAGCAGGAUCUGGGCACACGCCAGAUGGCUUACCGUUUGGAGAAGCUUGCCCAGAGGGUGAGAGUUGAGUGGGACUUGGGCGGGUCCCUUGACUAGAGUGGGGCACAGUAGGCCUUCCUUGACCUGUCUGUACUGCCUUACUCUGCUCUUGGGUGCUCGUUCUUCCACCUGUACCUUGCUUUGCUCUUCCUCUCCCACACCCACAUCCAUGGCAGCCACAGUCAUUGGCACCUUCAACAUCAACGGCUGUUGAGACUCGGUGAAGCGCGAAGCCGUCCUGGAGCUCCUGCGACAGAAGAGGCUGGCCGUCGCCUUCCUUCAAGAGACACACUCUGACAGAUUCAACCAGGCGGCCUGGCGGGCUGCCUGGCAAGGACAGGUGUUCCUGAGCCAUGGCACCAACCUUAGCGCUGGGGUCGCGACUCUCUUAUCACCGCAGCUGCAGCUUGACGCGGCGGUGCCGCGGGAGGUCAUCCCCGGCCGCCUCCUGACCGUCCGCGUCACCCUCGCACAACACCGCCUGCUGCUCAUCAACGUCUACGCGCCUUCCGAUGGUCAGGAGAGGGUCGUUUUCUUCGAGACCUUGGCUGCCCUCCUGCGCGACGCUAGCGAGGAUGAUGACCUGCUCCUCGGUGGGGAUUUCAACUGCACCACUGCCCCGCGCCUCGACCGCACAGGGCCUGAGCCCCACCUGCCCUCCGCUCGCAAGCUGCAAUCUGCCUUGGAGGGGGCAGACCUCGUGGACAUCUGGCGAGCCCUGCAUCCUGAUGCGCGCCAGUACACCUGGGCCAGGAUGGGUGCCGGUGGUGUCACCAUGGCUCGCCUCGACCGCCUUUAUGUCACCAGGCACCACCUGCCACUCCUGCGCAGCAGCUGCAUCGCUCCCUCGAGUCUGUCAGAUCAUGACCUAGCCUUCAGUGAACUGAGCCUGCCGGGGAGAGCCUGUGCAUGGGCACCUUAUUGGUGUUUCAACGUCAGCCUGCUUCAGGACUCCUAUUUCCGGGACUGCUUUGCCUACUUCUGGAGGAGGUGGGAGGCUGCGAGAUUGAGCCACUCCUCCUGGAAGCUGUGGUGGGACGUGGGCAAGGUACAGAUCCGAGCCUUUUGCCAGCAGUACACCCAGCUGGCCGCGAGCGAGACGCGCCGACGUAUCCGGGAGUUGGAGGAGGACGUGGCGGAGCUCGAGGCUGCUCUGCUGGCCGCUGGCAGCGACACGGCACUGAGCGAGAGCCUCCGGUUCCGCAGGAAAUGUCUGCGCGACUUGGCGGAGAGCGCGGCCCGCGGCGCGAGGAUCCGCGCCCGUUGCCAGGAGCUGGCGGAAACUGACGCCCCGACCCGCUUCUUUUUCAACCUGGAGCGGCGGAGGGCAGCGAGCAAAGUCUUGGACCCUCUCAAGACUCCUGAGGGCCUGGUCAUUACAGAGCCCGGUGAAAUACGCGAACAUGCUGUCGCUUUCUAUCGUGGCCUGUUUGCGGCCGAGCCGUCGUGCCCCGAGGCCACGCGGGAACUCCACGAGGGCCUACCGCGUCUCGAUGCCCUGGAGGCCGGAGAGCUUGAGCGGGACUUGUCCCUGGAAGAGCUGGCGGCCGCCACGGCCGGCCUCGCCUCCGGCAAAGCCCCGGGCCUCGAUGGGUUGCCUGCUGAGUUUUACAAGACCUUCUGGCCUCUCCUCGGCCCCAGCCUCCUGCGCGUUUUCCAGGAGAGCCUCGCCGACAAGGUCUUGCCGAUCAGCUGCCGCCGAGCGGUGCUGACCCUGCUGCCCAAGAAGGGAGACCUGGGCUACAUGAAGAACUGGCGGCCGGUCUCCCUGCUGUGCGCGGACUAUAAGAUCCUGGCCAAAGCAUUGGCCACCCGCCUCCGCGCGGUCAUGGCCUCUCUCACCGGGCCCGAGCAGAGCUACUGCGUGCCGGGCAGGACCAUUCAAGACAACCUGUUCCUGCUGUGGGACCUACUCAUGGCUAGCGAGCUCUUUGGCCUUGACAUCGGCCUCAUCUCUCUAGACCAGGAGAAGGCCUUUGACCGGGUGGGCCACGCCUAUCUCUUCCAGACUCUGGAGGCCUUUGGUUUUGGGCCCCUCUUCACCGGGGCCCUCCGGGUCUUGUACCGAGACAUUUCCAGCCUGCUCAAGGUGAACGGUGUGCUUUGUGCUCCGUUCCCUGCACGCAGGGGCAUUCGUCAGGGGUGUCCGCUGUCGGGCAUGCUCUACUCGCUGGCCAUCGAGCCGCUGCUGCACACGCUGCGACGCCGCCUGAGUGGUGUGGCCCUGCCAGUGGCCACCGGCCCGUCCGCUAGGCCUCGUCUCCGGCUGUCGGCAUAUGCGGAUGAUGUCACCGUCUUCCUCAACACUCAGGAAGACGUGCGGGCCCUGGCGGAUUGCCAGCGUGCCUAUGAGCGCGCCUCCUCCGCCCGCAUCAACUGGGCCAAGAGCGAUACUUUGCUGCUUGGCGCAUGGACUGGCACGCCCCCCCCGGACUUGCCGGGGGGGCUCACAUGGCGCCGCGAGGGCCUCAAGUUCUUGGGCGUGUUCCUGGGGCCACCGACCUUCAUGGCGCGCAACUGGGACGACCUCGAGGAGGGGGUGGAGGCCCGCCUGCAGCGGUGGCGCUGGCACCUGCCCAGCCUUUCCUACCGGGGGCGCGUCCUUGUCAUCAACAACCUGGCGGCAGCGACCUUUUGGCACCGGUGCGCCGUGCUCGACCCCCCACCGGAUCUCCUGGAGAGACUCCAGCGCAACCUGGUGGACUUCUUCUGGGAUGGGCGCCACUGGCUCCCACGAGGCGUCCUUCACCUGCCUGUUGCCGAGGGGGGCCAGGGUCUGGUUGACCUGGCCAGCAGGGUGGCGGCCUUCCGCCUGCAGGCCCUUCAGCGACUGCUUUACAGCGAGGAGCAGCUGCCAUGGCAACAACUGGCGUGCCGGUUCCUACAGAGGGUCGGCGCCCUUGGCUUUGACCGGGAGCUCUUUUUGUUGACACCCACGCUCCUGAACUGGGCGGUGCUUCUGGCCUUUUAUCGCAGCGUGGUACGAGCCUGGCAGGCCGCCUUCCGCCUCCAGCCUCGAGCCCGGACACUGUGUUUCCCGCAGCUGCUGAGGGAGCCUCUGGUGCACAACUCAGCCCUGUGGGGCUCCGUGCCAAGCCUGGCCUCUGCCAGCCUCACGGCCACCCUCAUCCAGGCACGUGUCCUCCGCCUGCACCAUCUCCUGGACCCCGCUUGGUCAGCCUGGCUCUCGCCUGAGGCGCUGGCCGCAUGGCUGGGCGUGCGCUCCAUCCGCACCAUGGGUCAUCUCCUGCGUGACAUCCGCACCGCCCUGCCGCCAGUGGCGGCGGCCGCCUUGGACGAACAUCUCCGUGCGCGUCAGAUCCCGCGGGCCGCGGAUGCCGCGAGCAAGGCUUUCCCUUCGCUGCCGGUCACCCCGGCUGUGGCCGCGGAGUUGGCCGGUGGGCCGGGCACUCUGUUGCGGCUCCCCAUGCCUCCCGAUAGUGACACGGGUUGUCCCUUUGCUUCUCUAUCGCGUAGAAGCUUGUAUGCCUGGGUGGUCUGUGUCCGCCAUGCUCAGGUGCUGGCGGGCCGCCCCGAUACACCGUGGCGACGGCGCCUGGGGCCACCGGCUUCUCCACCGGCCCACCCGGCGUGGCGCACAUUGUAUAAGCCGCCGACCGCCAAGAAGACUGGUGACCUGCAGUGGCGGUUGCUGCACGGCAUCCUAGCCACUGGCACAUUUGCGUCCCACUUUGACCCAGCCGCUUCGACGGCCUGCCCCUUCUGCCCUGGGGGCGUGGAGGAGGAUCUCUUUCACGCCUUCCUGGACUGUCCCCGCCUGCGGCCGCUCUUUGCCACCCUCGAGCUGCCGCUGCGGGCGCUGGGCAGGAGCCUCUCAGAGACCACCUACAUAUGCUCCUACCCGUACCGGGCGGCCGAGCAGGGCGCCAUCUGCCUGGCCAACUUUUUGCUGGGCCAGGCCAAGAUGGCCGUCCUCAAGAGCCGCCGUAACCGGCUUGCCGGCACCGGCUCAGACGAUGCCCCGCGGCUCUUUGGCCUCCUAGUGCGGGCGCGCCUCUCGCUGGAGUUUGAGCACGCUGUGCUCCGGCGGGGGGUGCCCGCCUUCGAGGCACUCUGAGCCCUUGAGGGAGCGCUGUGCCAUGUGGAGGACGGCCGUCUCAAAUACGCGCUCUGAUGUCAUGACCGGUCUGGGCGACCGGGCGGGCGCGGUGGUGGACUGUGGCUUCCGGCUUGUGCCGUGCCCUGGGCCCUCACCAGGCUGCUUUUGUUUAUUUUCUCGGGGUGAGAAGUCAAAAGUUUUGUAUGUGUACUAUGGGACAGGGAAGGGUGGAAUUGUUCGUUUUUCGAGGGCUAUAUAUAUAAAUAGCAUGUUAGACACGAUGUGUAUUACUGCGAAGGUGUUUGUCACGGUGUGAUGUUCUGAAUGUCCUGGAAUGGUUUCUCUUUGGUGUGGUUUGAUGGUUUUUUUGCUUUCUGUACCUGAUCUUUUGUGAAAUAAAGUUGUUAAAAGUCAAAAGUCUUUCUUUCUUUCUUUCUUUCUUUCUGAGCUGUUCUUUAUUUGCCGGUGGCUGAGUGGGGCCAGGACUUGGUUAACCUGGUGGGCAGGGUGGCAGCCUUCCACCUAUAGGCCCUCCAAAGGCCCCUCUACUGCAAGGACCUCCUCCCCUGGUGGCAGCUAGCUAAUUUGUUUUUGCACUGGGUGGGGGGCUU